UUAGUUUGAUCAAGUAAUCUCAGCUGUGUGGUGGUGACUUUAGAUCGCGUAUAUUUAGAGAAAAAUACAAUUUAUUAAACAAUAGUUACAAUUUCUCAUAAACAACGGUACUUUGCAGUGAUUAAAAUUCAGUACUAGUGUUCUUGCCAUGAUUAUUGACGAUCCUGAUGCUUUUAAAACUUGGUUAACUGCUGUUCUCAAGCCUCUAUGUGAAGCAGAUCCAGGGGCUUUGGCAAAAUAUGUUUUUGCCCUUGUUAAAAAAGAUAAAUCAGAGGAUGUUCUUCGUCAAAGUAUGAUAAGUCAAUUAGAAGUAUUUUUACAACAAGAGACUGAAAGUUUUGUUAACCUGCUUUUUAAAACGUUAGAGACAAAAGAGUAUUUGACACCAGUUAUUCCAAAUGCGAAUCCACCUAAUCCAAAUGUAGUCAAAGCCGUUGAGAUAGCCACAUCAAGAAAGAAAGAAAUUAUUCCCUUAACACAUAUAUUAACCCAUAAUCAUAUAGUUUGUACUAGUGUUCUUGCCAUGAUUAUUGACGAUCCUGAUGCUUUUAAAACUUGGUUAACUGCUGUUCUCAAGCCUCUAUGUGAAGCAGAUCCAGGGGCUUUGGCAAAAUAUGUUUUUGCCCUUGUUAAAAAAGAUAAAUCAGAGGAUGUUCUUCGUCAAAGUAUGAUAAGUCAAUUAGAAGUAUUUUUACAACAAGAGACUGAAAGUUUUGUUAACCUGCUUUUUAAAACGUUAGAGACAAAAGAGUAUUUGACACCAGUUAUUCCAAAUGCGAAUCCACCUAAUCCAAAUGUAGUCAAAGCCGUUGAGAUAGCCACAUCAAGAAAGAAAGAAAUUAUUCCCUUAAGUGAACUAUCAUCAGUUACUGAAACAGUUAAUGGUACAUCAAAGAAGGAGAAAGAAGUUGAACCUCCAAGAAGAGAACGUGAAAUUAAGAAAAGUGAUACUGAGAAAGAUGAACGACCUCGUAGAAGAUCACGUCAUAGAUCUUCGUCUCGUAAUCGUUCCAGGUCUCGUUCAUGGGACAGAUCUCGAAAAUCCCGGUCUCGAGAAAAAUCUAGAGAACGAGAAAGGGAUUUGUAUCGACUUGACAGGGACAAACGGGAUCGUGUACGUCCGUACCGUAAUAAAUCUCCCCCACGAAGAUACGACAGAAGAAGGUCACGAACACCAUCCCCUGGUGGAAAAAUUAGAUCUCGAUCCAGAAGUCCCAGGCAUUCAUACAGAGGGCGCUAUAGAAAUAGGUCUCCUCCGAGGUCUGACAGUAGAAGCAGGAGCAGAAGUAGAAGUCGAUCUGCAGAUAGAAAAGACCGGAAAGAUUCAGCCAGGGGAGAUACUAAAGAACUUAAGGAGAGUCAUUCUGGUGCUGCUACACCCACACAGGACUCUAAUCAUGGUGAUAUGGAUAUGAGGCUUACAAAUACAACCCAAAGCAUUCAAUCUGUGGUUGUACAUCAAAGUUCAAAUGAAAACCGGGCUCAGAAGAAGAGAUGCAGGGACUAUGAUGAGAAAGGGUAUUGUAUGAGAGGUGAAAUGUGCCAAUUUGAUCAUGGUGCUGACCCUGUUGUACUUGAAGAUUCUGCCCUUUCGACAGUUCUUACAUUUACCCCCAAUACCGCUCCGGUAGCUGAUGUGGCUCCAAUUAUCGCACCACCAAUUUUAGGAACUGGUACUCACCCCAUGAUGCACCAAAUACACCCAAGGCCAUUGCCACCUGAAUACAACCCGCAGGCGCCACAGAUGUGGCACAGACCCGGUUAUCGUGGUCCACGUCCUAUGUUAGGUCCUCGAGUGGGCUCCAUGGGCGCGUUUGUUCCACCCCAACGGGAGCUUAUUCGCGUGCCAGUUAUGGACAACCAAGCACCCGAACAUUUUGGGAACACUUACAAAAAACAAAUGCAGUAUGGCGGUAAUGGAGGCUCUAUUGGUAUAGGUGGCAUUGUUGGACAAGAAGUCGAUUCACAUCACGAUAUCAUAUUCAAGAAGAAGACUUUCGAUUAUAACAGGCUUGGACCAAGAGCCAAAAAUGCCGCCAAUUGUUCUCUCGAACUUAAAAAAGUUCCGCCAGGAUUGAAUAAUAUCACACACUUGAAUAACCACUUUUCAAAGUUUGGGAAGAUCGUGAAUAUACAGGUGUCAUACGAGGGUGAUCCUGAGGCAGCAAUUGUCACAUUCUCAAGUCAUGCAGAGGCUAAUGCAGCAUACAGGAGCACCGAAGCCGUCCUCAAUAAUCGAUUUAUCAAAGUGUUUUGGCACAGUGGAAACAAUGAUGGUAAGUUUAUUUGUCUUUCUACAUUAUCUUGUAUGAAAACAUCCAAAAUUAUUUAUUAUUUACAGCAAAUUGGGGCUGAAAUUUCGGAGGAAGUCCUUCUUCAAGAUGACGAGGAAGAAGAAGAGGACAAUGAGGGUAGGUCGUGGCGACGAUAGUGACUGAAAAGCACCGCAGCCAACUUUAGAACGUCAAAUUGCAUCAACCAAUGACACCAGAUUCUUGUAUGAACGACAUCGCAUACACACGCAUACAUCAUAGUCGUAUAGUUGGCGUAUUAAUUGAGUUUCUUUUUUGUAUUUCUAAUAGGAACCAAGAAGAAAUGAAUUUAGUGUACAAAUCGCUCGAGUGGAACUUUUUUGUGAUUUUUUUUGUAAAAACAAAACACUCUUGCUAGUUAUUCUAUUACUUUUAUGUUAUUGAUCUUGAUGGUAAUUUGUAUUUUUAAAAUUUUCAUUUUCUGCGGUCAUAAACAGAAAAUGUUUAUAUUUUUACUGUAGGUUUACUAGCUGUAAGUUGGUAUUGUUAGGCAGUAACCUAAGACGCAUUUGUGGUCCAAGGUUGCCGCCCCCCUUGUACACUCAUGUAUGUAAUUGAUUUUGUUGCAAAGAUCGUAGCUAACAGACCCCAAAAAAGCCAGAAAAAAAAACAAGGGUGAAAAUAUAUAAAGAAACCCAUAUCAUAUGCUACGAAAAAAGAAAAAUAAAUAGGUAGAUAUUUAAAGAGAACGGAAAAAAAUGAAAAUCAGAAAAUAACGAUAAGGUGAUCAGUAAAACAAUGUUAUAAAACACGUGCUAAAAUUGUAUGAGGGGCACAAAAAA